AUGCUCUUGCCUCGAGUCGUCGCGGCUGCUCUGGCAUUGCGACAAGUGAUUAUUCCUCAGGACUAUUGUCAACCUCAGUGUCCUACUUGCAAAGAUAAUAUAAUAGCUUUCGACAACGCAACGUCCUGUGUGACGGGCUCGCCGUUUCUCGCCAAUUGCGGUGCCUGUCAAACCUGUGUUUUAUAUUACUCGAUAUACAAUGGCACUGUCCCUUUACUCGACGAAGUCAUUAGUACUUUAUCUGCUCAACUCGACCGUUGCGACGACAGUCCAGUGAAGGCUGAAGUGUCUGCCAUCGCCUCGCAAGUAGCGAGGAUAUCGAGCUAUGCUGCGCUGGCGACGAAAACCGAGACUUCUUCCUCAACGAUAACACCGGCAGCCACCAAUAGUGUCGAUAGUGCCUCCCAAGUAGCAGAUACCACCUCUGGAUCCGCUACGAGCACCGGCUCGCCAGCAGCCACGAACACAUCAACGAGCACCGCAGCCGUAGGGCCAGGACCAAAACUAAGUCAAAGUUGGAUCGCAGGACCCGUAAUAGGAUCAAUAUUAGGAAUGGCAACCGUAUUCGUAGUAAUCUACUGCACACGCCGGAAACACAUCCGCGAAGAAUGGGAAUUAGGAAACAUAAAAGAAAUCCCCGACGAAGACCAAGAAUCCACCCGCCCACCACCACCACCACCGCCCUCAGACGACGCCGACAAAGCUAUGUUACACGGCGACUGCGUCGUCCCCAAGGAGAUGGCAAACACGGAAAUCAUCCCACCGGUCGAGUUACCGGCGCUUGAGCCCGUGGGCAUGGAACUCCUCACCCCAAGGAGCGCAACGGAUAAUAUGGAGAAAGAUUGGCCGCUACCGAUCUCGCCGCUCCCGGCGCUGUUCGCGAUGACGGAGAUUAGAGAUGAGAGGACGGGUGCGGAUUCGCCGAGACAUGAUACUUUUUACCAUGCGUGA